AUGUAGACUGUAGUCUUUGUGGUUGUGGUAACUAGUGGGAUCAGGCCUGUCUGCCCUCUGAUCGGCUGGAAAUGGUUCAACCUGAAUCUUUCCUUCUGAAGACGUUUAUUUUCCUUGUUUUUGAGCGUUCCGCUACAUUAUCUGGAUAAUGUCAUGGAUAAUGUCCAUCAUAAUGUGUCCAUCGUGAUAAAUGGUGCCGGAAGAAGAACUGCAACACCAUUAGAAACCAGUGGACGUGAAACACCGAGGCGCCGACUACACUGGACAGGACAAAUCAAGCUGUUCCUCAAUGUUGACAUGAUAUCCCCCGUCUCUCUGAACAAACUUCAAUUCGGUCUGUAAAGGUCUAUCUACCUACGCCCCUCUACACACUACUCAACCAACCAGCCCUAACCAAAUCUGCGCCUCUGAAAUCCAAGAUGGCUACUAGACAAAAUGCCCUGAUGGCUGCGGUGGUUACCCUGUUGGGGGCCACCUUGGGAGGCCUGUUGUUAUGGCGACAACCAACCCUGAGGACACAGAAGAAGAAGAAGAAAGCAGCUUCUAGCUCAGGGUCGGAUAGGGGUCAGCGCUGGUCCCGUACCAGUGGAACCAGAACCUGUGGUUGUGGAGCCAGUCGAGUCCGAGACCCAGCUAACCCCUAGUCAGAGCCUGGGCCUCCUCCUGCCUGUUUCACUGCCCCCUGCUGACCAGGUCUUGGCGGUGCAGCCUGUGAUGGUGAACUCUGAGGAGGAUUGGGAGCAGCUUUGGCCGUCGCUGCAAAAGGAGCUAUCCGUCUACCCCGUCCUCGGGCUGGACUGCGAAUGGGUGUCAGUGAAGGGUAAGACGUCAGCGGUCUCCCUCCUCCAGAUGGCGUCCUACUCUGGCCUGUGUGUGUUGGUGAGGCUACAGCUGUUCCGAGCUAGCCAGCAGGACAUUCCCCUCAGCUUGAAGGAGGUCCUCAGGGACCCCCAUGUCCUGAAGGUGGGCGUGGGCUGUUAUGAAGACGGGAAACGUCUGACCCGAGACUACGGCCUGGCUCUGGGGUGUACCGUGGACCUGAGAUAUCUUGCACUACGACAAAGGAAGGUGGUGUUGAACAAUGGUAUGAGCCUCAAGUCUCUGGCUGCCAACCUGCUCAAUGUGUCUCUGGAUAAAUCCUUGGAGCUUCGAUGCAGUAACUGGGAGGCUGACCAGCUGACCCAGGAACAGAUGACUUACGCAGCCCGGGAUGCCCAAGUAUCCAUCGCUCUGUUCUUCUACCUGCUGGGCCUCCACUCAGACACCACGCCCUCACCUGACAGUAGGAGUGGCUAUACCCAGCUGGCCAAUCGCUGCCAGGGCCUGGUAGACACACCCUUCAGGGAGAGGGGUGGAGGAGAGGGGGAGGAUGGAGGGAAAAACCUGGAUGGCGAGAGGAGACGGAAGAGUAGGAAGCUCCAGCAGUCUACUACGGAAAGCCCCGAGACUGGGGAUCAGGAAGUACCAGACCCCAGAAGGAACAAGAGAAAACCGCUCGGUGUGGGCUACUCUGCCAGGAAGUCCCCUCUUUAUGACAACUGCUUCCUCCAUGCCCCGGAUGGACAACCCCUCUGUACCUGCGACAAGAAGAAGGCCCAGUGGUACCUGGAUAAAGGAAUCGGAGUGUUGCAGAGUGAUGAGCCCUUCAUCGUGCGUCUGCUGUUUGAGCCGUCGGGACGUCCAGAAUCCCAGCAGGACUACUACCUGACUGCCAAGGAGAACCUGUGUGUGGUGUGUGGCAAGAACGACUCUUAUAUCAGGAAGAACAUCGUUCCUCACGAAUACAGACGUCACUUCCCCACGGAGAUGAAGGACCACAACUCCCAUGACAUCUUGCUGCUGUGCACUUCCUGUCACGCGGCCUCCAACGUGCACGACGGCUUCCUGAAGCAGCAGCUGGCUGAUGAGCACGGCGCGCCCCAGGGGUGUGAGGAGGGCGUGCACCUCCUGGAGGACUCUGACCGCAGGAGGGUUCGUUCUGCAGCCCGAGCCCUGCUCACCGUAGGGGAUGGGCUUCCAGGGGCCAGGAGAGAUGAGCUACAGAAGAUCAUAAGGUGUUUCUUCAACGACACCGACGUGGAGCUGACUCCCGAGACGCUGCAGAGGGCUGCAAGCCUGGAGACGAGGAUCUUCAAUGAGAGCUAUGUUCCCCACGGGCUGAAGGUGGUGCAGGCGACCGCCGAGCAGGGCCUGAAGGGGUUAAUGGAGCUCGAGGGUCGCUGGAGGCAACACUUCCUGUCUACCAUGACACCUCGUUACCUUCCUCCUCUCUGGUCUGUCAGCCACAACCACAACAAGUUCCUACGCAAGUACGGAGAACACCUUCCCGUCCAGCUUAACUGACCUACAGUCACCACGCCGCGGUCUUAGCUCUGUUACUCAGGCUGGAUCUCCAUCAGCUGUUACAGCAGCCUCUACCCCGGGGGUCCAGCCUCUACCCCGGGGGGUCCGGCCUCUACCCCGGGGGGUCCGGCCUCUACCCCGGGGGGGUCCGGCCUCUACCCCGGGGGGGUCCGGCCUCUACCCCGGGGGGGUCCGGCCUCUACCCCGGGGGGGUCCGGCCUCUACCCCGGGGGUCCACACAGUAACCCAGAGAGCAGACUGAUGCCUACAGGGGAAGGGUUGAAUUCUGGGUGUGUUCAGUACCUGGCGAUUCUCCUCAGUCUACUGUUGGCAGGACGAGGACAUCUGUUGCUCUCACCUGAUUGUGGUGCCUUACAUGUUAAAUGCCAGACAGAGACUGGUGCUUGUGGGCCCAGCAGGAUGUAUUGGACCCCUUACUGACACAUUGGCACCCUGUUCUUUUAUAUAGUGUAGUACAUUUCGACCAGGACCCCAGAAGGUGCCAUUUUGAGAUCCUAACUGGAGCGAAGACUUCCUUGUUGUUCUGACCGAGGUAAAAAGAAUCCAGCGUCAAGAACAUUACCUGGAUGAAGUGGUGUAGAAUUCAUGAUGAAAUCCUAUUGUGUAUAAGGACCAACGAAAAAAAACACUGGUUUAUGAUCGUCACGAUAACAGUAUCCCGAUACUCUGGGGUAUCGUGGCAAGGAAACAAAACAUGAAGCAGGCUGAAUUUCCUGAGAGGAAACGGUCGUAAUGUUGUCCACCGGGGAAACAGUCGUAAUGUUGUCCACCGGGGAAACGGUCGUAAUGUUGUCCACCGGGGAAACGGUCGUCAUGUUGUCCACCGGGGAAACGGUCGUCAUGUUGUCCACCGGGGAAACGGUCGUCAUGUUGUCCACCGGGGAAACGGUCGUAAUGUUGUCCACCGGGGAAACGGUCGUAAUGUUGUCCACCGGGGAAACGGUCGUAAUGUUGUCCACCGGGGAAACGGUCCUCAUGUUGUCCACCGGGGAAACGGUCGUAAUGUUGUCCACCGGGGAAACGGUCGUAAUGUUGUCCACCGGGGAAACGGUCGUAAUGUUGUCCACCGGGGAAACGGUCGUAAUGUUGUCCACCGGGGAAACAGUCGUAAUGUUGUCCACCAGAAUCACGUUUAUUUUCCUACAACAGACAAUAUUUUACAUCCAAGUAGAUUUUAAUGACGGAAGAGUUCAGUCUGCUUUGUUUUGUGUUUUCCUUGUUGCCAUGGAAAAACCAGCUAUCGUAGUAAUCACCACAGUGCUAUGGUCUGGUUUCCCAGACCCACAUUAAAACUUGUCCUAACCAGAAAUACCAUAGGAGACGAGACUUCAUCUAGACCCAGGAAACAGGCUCUUAUACAGUGCGUUUGGGAAAGUAUUCAGACCCCUUGACUUUUUUUCCACAUUUUGUUACGUUACAACCUGAUUCUAACAUGGAUUCAAUGUUUGUUGUUUUUCCCCUCAUCAGUCUACACACAAUAGCCCAUAAUGAUGUUGUCGUCGGUUUAGGAAGCACCUCGCAUCUCUCUGAUUCAUCUGAAUUCAGUUUUAAACUGACUAGGUAUCCCCCCCCCCUUUUCCUUUCCCA